AUGAUGCCUGACCAUGGCAAGAAAGUCCCUGGGCCAAUAGAGCCAAGAACCGCGUCCAACACACCACGGCUCUUCCUCUCAUUUCUAGCAUUCUAUGUUCUGCUCGUCUUCUACGCACGUGUGCGAUGCUUUCGCGACCCGGGCUCAGCAUUCUUCGACCCUUGGACGGCCUACGACCUCUCUUAUUCAACCGUGAGAAUUGGCCAAGGAGACUCGUACAUUGAAUCCUACGACAAUGAGACUACUGCGAUUACAAAGUCUUCAUCUGAGCCUGGGCUGUGCGUGGGAAUCGCAUCGGUCGCCAGACAUGGGGUUGGCUAUUUCCAGAGCACCGUCGGCACGGUCUUGGAGGGGCUGAGCGACGCCGAACGGGCUGACAUUCAUCUGAUUCUCUUCAUUGCGCAUACGGACCCUUCUGAGCAUCCAUCUUAUGGAGAGCCUUGGCUGCAUGGGCUGGCGGAUCAGGUGCUGCUGUAUGAUCCCACGGAAGUCGAUAUUGAUCAUGUUCGGUCACUCGAGACUGACGCCGCAAAGGCUUUCGGGCGUGAGAAGGCUCUUUUUGAUUAUACUUAUCUGCUGAAAGCAUGCGAAGCUGUGAAUGCUCCCUAUACCAUGAUUCUCGAGGAUGAUGUUGUGGCGAUGGAUGGCUGGUAUCACCGAACCAUCGGUGCUUUGGUAUCGGCUGAACAGCAGACCAGGGCCCUAGGUGCUUCCAAAUGGCUAUAUCUCCGUCUGUUCUAUACAGAGGAAUUCUUCGGCUGGAACUCCGAAGACUGGCCGAUCUUCCUCUCUUAUUCUAUUCUUGCCGUUUGUCUCGUUGCAUGCGCAUGCUUAGGCACACGGCAGUGUCAGCCUCGCCUCCACUCCCGACUCUCAACCGGAUCCAUCUUCUUAUUCAGCGGUGUCUGCACGCCUCUCUUGAUCGGACUAUUCUUUGCUGCUGGCCGUGUAUCGAUGAUCCCCGUCCAGCAGGGUGUGCAUCAGAUGUCACACUUUGGCUGCUGUUCGCAGGCGUUCGUCUUUCCACGUUCGAGGGUCCCAGAUCUCGUGGAUCUGUAUCAGUCAAAGCACAUCGGGUAUGUGGAUACGAUCACCGAGGAAUUUGCCAAUGCAAACAAUGAGAUCCGCUGGGCGGUGACUCCAAUUAUCAUGCAGCAUGCCGGGCGGAGAAGCUCAAAGAGUGUGAGCCAUGACUCUCACGUCCCGCUGAGGCAUCGAAACAAAGGCGAACUUUCGGACGUGGAAAAGCUGUGGAAUUUCGGGUUCGAGCUGAACAAUGCUGAGUCAUUGCGCUCAGAACAUGAAUUCUUUAUUGGCGGGUCUGAGAAUACAUAA